CAUGAAAUGGGCCUCCAUUAUCAGCCAAUUAAAUCGUCCAAGCCCUAAUUAUUUGCUCCUUUUCUGAGUCGUUCAUCGGCACCUCUACUGUAUCUGCCUGUUCCACUCCUUUCCUCAUCUCUGCAACUGGGAUCGCCUUCGACUCAGUUUGAUUGCGGCGGUGUGGCGGCUAAAAUCAAGUGAAAAUGGGGAUAAUCGAGAAGAUUAAAGAAAUCGAAGCCGAGAUGGCUCGAACCCAGAAAAAUAAAGCUACAGAGUACCAUCUUGGCCAGCUGAAGGCAAAGAUAGCAAAGCUAAGGACACAGUUGUUGGAGCCUCCUAAAGGAUCAAGUGGAGCUGGAGAUGGUUUUGAAGUUACAAAAUAUGGUCAUGGACGUGUUGCACUGAUAGGAUUUCCAAGUGUUGGGAAGUCCACUCUCUUAACAAUGUUAACUGGUACUCACUCAGAAGCUGCAUCAUACGAGUUCACAACACUUACCUGUAUUCCUGGGAUUAUACACUACAAUGAUACUAAAAUUCAGCUUCUUGACCUUCCGGGAAUUAUUGAAGGUGCUUCAGAAGGCAAAGGUCGUGGGAGACAGGUUAUUGCUGUUUCCAAGUCUUCAGACAUAGUAUUGAUGGUUCUUGAUGCCUCAAAAAGUGAGGGCCAUCGACAAAUAUUGACAAGGGAACUCGAAGCUGUGGGUUUGCGCUUAAACAAGAGACCACCUCAAAUUUACUUCAAGAAGAAGAAAACAGGUGGCAUCUCUUUCAACAGCACUCUACCAUUAACUCAUGUAGAUGAGAAGCUUUGUUAUCAGAUUUUACAUGAAUACAAAAUUCACAAUGCAGAGGUCCUAUUUCGCGAGGAUGCCACAGUUGAUGAUCUCAUCGAUGUCAUUGAGGGUAACCGCAAAUACAUGAAAUGCAUAUAUGUCUACAACAAGAUAGAUGUUAUUGGUAUUGAUGAUGUAGACAAGUUAGCUCGCCAACCAAACUCUAUCGUCAUUAGCUGCAAUUUGAAGCUCAACUUAGACAGACUACUCGCAAAGAUGUGGGAAGCAAUGGGCCUAGUGAGAGUCUACACAAAACCACAAGGCCAGCAACCUGAUUUCACUGAUCCUGUGGUUCUUUCAGCUGAUAGAGGGGGCUGUACAGUUGAAGACUUCUGUAAUAACAUACACAGGAGUUUAGUGAAGGAUGUGAAAUACGUUUUGGUGUGGGGCACGAGUGCACGGCACUACCCUCAACACUGUGGCCUUGGCCAUGUUCUACAAGAUGAGGAUGUGGUUCAGAUUGUUAAGAAAAAGGAAAAGGAAGAUGGAGGCAGGGGUAGGUUCAAGUCACAUUCAACAGCUCCUGCUCGAAUAUCUGAUAGAGAGAAGAAGGCUCCCUUGAAGACAUGAUACCGUGAGUUGGCAUUGGCGUGGGUUGCUGUAUCUUGUGCUUGUAACUUUGAUGAAGCCCUCGUGGUUUUCUUGUCUUUUUGGUUGCUUUAGUUUAUUUAAAAUUUACAUGGCAUGAAAGGCUAAUAUUUUAAGGUAGUACAUGUAUCUCUGCGACUUCUUUUUGUUUUUUCUUUUUUUGGAAUGACACGCAUCAUUUGUAUGCGAAUCAGCGUUAAAUUGGAUCCAUGAAGCGUCAUGGUUUUUGGGAAGCAAUACACAGUGUAACACUUGAUGUGGUAUACUAUGGAAUGGAAUUGUUAUAUUUCUUUUUUGUUUUC